UGUGUGUAUAUGUGUGUGUGCGUCUUCCUCCCUCCUGCCUUCCUGCCUCCAUGCAUCUGACAGCGUCCCUCCCUCUUUCUCUCUCCUCCUCCUCCUUCUCUCAUUAGGCUUUUCACCGGCAAAACACCGACACACUCCCUUCCCCUCAUACCGGGAAUAAACGCGGAGCGGCGGCAGGAGGAGCACGAUUGACCCCUACCGUGCGCACCAUCCAUGGUCCUCCCCUGGAUGUCUGUCUGACAGGAGGGUUGGUGUUACUUUGCUGAAGCAACAGAGGCAGGCCCUGAGUCGGAGGUGAAAAGAGCAGAGACAGGAGUCCUCCCAGAAGGCAGGGGGCAGCGGCAGCCAUGCAGGACUCAGCCUCGGACAACAAGAUGGCCAAACAGGAACAGAACUCCAAGCAUCUGGACGAACACACUGAAACAGAUGACAUGUCUGAGAAGACGUCCCCAAACAAGAAUCUCAAAUCUCCUCAGAAAGGCUCCAAACGACUUAAAACCGCCCCCUUCAAAGUGACCCUGCUGGACUCAUCCGACUAUGAAGGAGAAGUGGAGAAACACUCCAAAGGACAGACCCUGAUGGACAUGGUCUUUGAGCACCUCAACCUGCUGGAGAAGGACUACUAUGGUUUGACCUUUGCCGACACAGACACCCAGAAGAACUGGUUGGACCCCUCCAAGGAGAUCAAGAAGCAGAUGCGAAAUUCUCCUUGGCACUUUGCCUUCGCUGUCAAGUUCUACCCUCCAGACCCUUCUCAGCUCACUGAGGAUAUUACCAGAUACUACCUGUGUCUGCAGCUGAGGGAUGACAUGCUGUCAGGUCGACUGCCGUGCUCGUUCGUCACUCACGCCCUCCUGGGCUCCUACUCCGUUCAAGCCGAGUUGGGCGACUACGACCAGGAAGACCACGGCUCCGACUACGUCAGCGAUUUUCGCUUCGCUCCCAAUCAGACUCGGGAGCUGGAGGAGAGGGUGAUGGAGCUCCACCGAAACUACAAGGGUAUGACUCCAGCAGAGGCUGAAAUUAACUUCUUGGAGAAUGCGAAGAAACUGUCAAUGUACGGGGUAGACCUUCACCAUGCUAAGGAUUCUGAAGGGAUUGACAUAAUGCUCGGUGUCUGUGCCAACGGCCUGCUGAUUUACCGUGAUCGGCUGAGGAUCAACCGCUUUGCCUGGCCAAAGAUUCUUAAAAUCUCCUAUAAGAGGAGUAACUUCUACAUCAAGAUACGACCUGGAGAGUACGAGCAGUUUGAAAGUACUAUCGGGUUUAAGCUUCCCAACCACAGGGCUGCAAAGAGGCUGUGGAAGGUCUGCAUUGAGCAUCACACCUUCUUCCGGUUGGUAUCUCCAGAGCCUCCUCCUAAGGGCUUCUUGGUGAUGGGUUCAAAGUUUCGAUACAGCGGAAGGACGCAGGCUCAAACCAGGCAGGCCAGCGCUCUUAUAGACCGGCCUGCUCCACAUUUUGAGAGAUCCACCAGUAAGAGGUAUCUGCUCUCCAGGAGCUUGGAUGGAGAGUUCUCGCGGCCUGUAUCAGCCAUGUGUGAGAACCACGACGGCCUCUCCCACCGCAGCGUCAGUGAACAGCGUCGUCUCCACAGCCCCUCUGUGGAUGAGCAGGAGACGGAGCUGGAGCCGAGUUUGGAGCUGGACGAGGAGGACAAGGACCAAGAGCAGGACGAUGAUGGCAAUGUCACUCCAAGCAAAAAGAAAGAAAUCAUGUUUCUGGAUAAGUCACAGGACUUCUUGUUGAAGCACCAGGCCAGUAUCAACGAGCUGAAGAGAGCCCUGAAAGAGCCCAACAGCAAGCUGAUGAACCGUGAGAAGCGUCUGUCAGGGACCUCCCCAACCGGCACGCCAGAGAAGAAGGCUGAGCCGGUCUCUACUCCUUCCAUUUAUGAAGCACCGUUUGCUGACUUCAAGCCUCCUGUGGCAAAGAGAGACCCCAGUGCUGUCAGUAUGGCCCAUAUGCUCAAGAGGGCCGGCAGCAAGACAGAGACGCAUACGAAUGGAUCAGAAGUCCAUUCCAACAUCAUGAAUGCCUCACCGCAGAACUAUGGAGUCAUCAGCCAGCGAGAGGCUCCUGCUCCAAUUAAAGAAAAUGGCUCCCCUGUAAAAGCCAGCACCCAGGGGAGGGAGUCCGUUGUGUCCCCGCUGACCAUCACCGCUGAGAGUGUCACCUCAGCAACCACAACCCAAGUUACCAAGACUGUGAAAGGAGGCUACUCAGAGACCAGAAUCGAGAAAAGGAUUAUAAUCACAGGAGACGACGACGUGGACCAACAUCAGGCCCUCGCCAUGGCGAUCCAAGAGGCCAAGCAGCAGCAUCCUGACAUGCUGGUGACAAAAGCAGUGGUUAUCAGGGAAACAGAGUCUCCCACUGAGGAGAUGCAGCAGAAAGCAGAGUCCUGAUUGGUCAUGGUGGCACCUGAGACGGAGGACAGGAGAGUAUCCUCCAGCUGUUUGUCUCCUGCCCCACCCUGCAGUAUGCCACCAGCCUGAUAUGAGGACUCUCUACCCCCACUGUGUACACACCGACACGAGAACAGACUGCACUCCAUGAAGCAGUAGACCUCCACUUUCUGUCCCUUUAGACAAACCAACUGUGACUCUAGCCUCUGACCCAACCUGGCCUCCUGUCCUGUCCUGUCCCGGCUCAUCCCAGCCACCCCACCUUCUUGCGGAGCAGAAAACGUCUUCUAUCGGAUGAUUUACGUUUGGUUUAUUCAGGUGGAGUGAUGUAAGAUUGAAAGUGAAACCUGGUAACAGCUGGUACCUCUGUUAGAGUCAUUUGUCUGAAACUUUACUUGUAUAUUAUUUAACUCAUUUAACACAUUUUGACUCUUUUGAAACCCCUGAGGAUUUGAAUCAAUACGUUUUUAACCCCAAAACCCCCCAAACCCAAUACCCUCCCCUCAAAAAAAUACUUUUUCUUUUUUUUAAGGUCCUAAACUGCUACUGUCAUACAUCAAGUGAAUAUAAAAUAGCAGAGGAGGGUUGGUUGAAAGAAUGGGGACAAUGCUGGUUGGGAUGGGGGAGGUUGGUGCCAAGUGGCAAGAGGCAGCCUUUUUGCUCGUUGCUGCCACCUCCUGGCCAUGACACCUUCAGUAUAAUCAACAGCUGUCUUAUUAGCUUUUUACAUUUUUAUCUAUAGAGGAUCUAAUUUAUGUCCAGUGUUUGCUUGUUUAUGAAAUAUGUAUAAUAUCAGAUGAUUAUAAUCUGCAUGUUCAAUUAAAAAAUAGCAGAGGGAAUGGAAAAAAUAAAAGAAUAUAUGCAGACACGUCCACAUCUAAAAUCCCAUAACAAGUGCAGAGAUGAUGGGAGAAACUGUAAAGAUAACAGGGCCAAUGAGUGGUGGACACAUCCAGAUGUUGAAAGACUCUACUGAAGAAGAGAAGACAGUCGGGUUGUUUAACACUUCACUGGACAGUUGGAACUCUGCUUUGGUCCCAGUGCCCAGCAUACAAACAUCACUGUCCUCGUCCCACGCCCCUGACUCCCCCCCCACCCCUCCACCCUCACUUGGACUGUUUUCUUUUUAUUGUCAGCUCGCCAUCAACAGAAAUAAAUGCUGGUCACUCGUUAUUGGGCACAGAUUUAGAAUUUGUAGAGCAAAUUUAAUAUAAAUAAUGUUUCAGAAAUGUGAUAUGUUGAUGAUAUGUUACUUUAUUUUACUGAGUUCCAUCAUGAAACAGAGUUUAUAUGUUAUUCUUGUGAACUUUGACAUUUCAGUCCAUGUGAACAUGCUAGUGUCUUUCUUUAGGGGCUCAAAUGACCAGACUUGUGAAAGACUUUCAUUUUGUUUCCUGUUACUUUUCUCAAUGGUUUGUUUCACUGGAGAUCUUACAACAUUUAUCAAAAAGAUCUCACAACUAGGAACCAGUUUACCCAAAUUGUGAUGCAAUGAAGAGAAAUGCAGUAAAUUGGGAGACUGGCCUUUGAUUGUUUAGUUGUGCCUGGUAUAUCUGGCUGUCAAUAUCAGCAUUGUAUCCAUCACAGCUGGUUAAGCUAUGAUGGAUUUUUUGGCCACUUGGGCGCAGCGCAACAAGAUGUAAACACAACACUGACAUAUAAUCACCUAAUAAAGCUGUCAUGGCAAACUGUUAGCAAACAGUUGUCUAUAAACAUCCAGCAGUUAUGGAGCAACAUUAUCAUUCAUUUAAAAUAUUGUUUUGGUCAAUAUAAGUCCAAUACUCACUCUCUUGUUUUGGCCUCUAUCAAUUCCUGAGGGAAAUAUUUGACUCUUUAGCUGUUAAAUGCUUCAAUAUGUUCACCAGCUAGCUCCUAACUUUAUUUGCAGUUUGGUGCUGAGCAUAUAGUGCACAGAACUAUUUUGUGCAGAAAACAGCUACCGGCUAUGGUCAAAAAUGAUGACAAGAUCCGUGAGAGUCAACCAAAAUAUUAAAGUUCCACACUGGAAAACCAAAACAAUGAAGCUGAAAGACUCAAAGAGUCAGGUGAUGACUCUCUGUUGGUUUGGUACUAUGAACAACACCAUUUACAUUACAUAUAGUCUUCUGAUUCAUUUGUAACAUAAAAAAUAUAAUUAUAGCAGCAUUAAAUAGCUUUGAAUCAUAUGUGCAUGUUCACAAACACUGCCUGGAAGGUUCAAAACCACAAGAUUAACAUGGGUACUUUAUUGUUUUCUGUUGGAUUAACUCUUUAAGUUAUGGUGUAUGAGUCUGUAAUUGUAUUUAUAGGAGUGGUGAAUGUGAGGCCUGUGCUUUUCCUCCCUGUUUUCCUUCCAGACAAAGCCGAAAGUCAUAGUGUGACAUACUAAAAUGCCGUCUAUCCACAGAACCUGUUUGCUGUCACAAAGCAUAUAUCCUGGAUGACCUUUAAUACUAUACUAUGCAUUGCUUAUCAUACAUAAGAAUCCCUCUGAUGGAUCCCGACCCAUGUAAGCCUUGUUGCCGUCAUUGUUAACGUCGUGCUACUGUUAACCGAAGCAGUGAAGUGCACUGCUUGUGAGACUUGCAAUAAGCAACCAUUAUUCUUAUCCUCUGUCCUAUAAAGGGAGAAAACUGUGAACUCUCAUGCGUAACAAAGCGUAACCAAAACCUAUAAUACAGAGUUAAUAAUAGUCAAAGGAGCCUUCCAACACUUGUGACCAUGGCUUUUGUCACCCUUGUUGUCUAAUCCGCCCAUGCCCUGACUUGAACCUGUUGACCUGCUGUUGAUAUGUCUGUGGAAAUAAGAGAUUCCCAAACUGAUGACUUGUAUAUUCUAUUUUGCUGUAUUUUAUUUUAUCUGGUCAUAUGACACUGGACUGUUGUGAAAGCACUUGCUUGCUACGAUAGCAGCACAUAAACUGUAAACUGUUGGGAAAACUCAAAUGACCUGUCUUUGCUGUAGUAUUGGACACACUACUGAUGGAAAAGUAAUGACUUUAGGCAUCCGGAGAGAGGUUGUGUACUGUGGGCGAGGUGGUGAGUUGAAGGAUGGAAGGCCUGUAUAUAAAUAUCCAUACUUCUGUGUAUUAUCCUGUAAAGUAUGUAGAAACUGACGAGAGCAGGGAUGUGUUUUUCAGAUUGCGGUUAAAAAGAUGUGACAGUAAGUAAAAUCCCAAGGACGGUGCAAUAGGAAUGUCACAUGAUUGGGUGCCUUAUGUUUGGAGCCGUGCUUAUGGGAGCAGAAGCUCAGCUGAAAGUGCUGUUAAUCACCACAAGGCAGAUGUAGAAAUCACCUCUCCCCUGAGCCCAAGGUGAGAAGGAACUGUCUUGGAAGUGAAUUACUGUCAUGUAAAGGAUGUGACAUUGAGAACAGUAAAAGGGAAAGUCUUUCUGAAUGGGAAAUGUUAGUCCUCAUUGAGAUGAAAACAUUUAUUGGUCCCAUUGAAUUAGAAACCAGCAUAGUACAGAUUAUGGAUAUGAGGUUUUUUUUUGCCCCCGUGAAGAGCAACGAACUGCUCGGCUGUUUUGCCUCCACCUUCAAUUCUCCACUGCCUUUUGCUCUACAUUCCCCUAGUGCUUGGUGGUGUGUAUUUGCUGUAUUUGCUUUCAGUCUAAAUGGAAAACAUACAUGCAUAAAUAAAUGUCUCAGUAUGAUUCAAAAAAUGUCUCUGAUUCUCAAAGAAG